AUGGCCCUCUCUGCGUCGGCGCCGCCGGCCGGCAUGAUGAUCGAUCCCACGAAGCAAGGUGAUUAUCCGAUCCUUCUCGGUGACAGACUGGCGAAAAAGGACGGAGGAAACGAGGCUACAUUUAUAAACAUCACAUAUAACCACAAGAGCAAGUCGGCAACGGCGAAUCAACGGACGAAAAUCACACGGUCCCCUACUUCGCAAGAUGUAUAUCACCUCACAAUCACGGACAAGGCUGGGAAUGCCGAGAAGACGGCGCUCGAGUAUAAAUACCAAGGCAGUAUAGAUCCUUCUAUACCAGUCCAGGGCUCUGAAGCAAGGAAUCUGGUUCUGGUCUUUGAUCCGACUCGGAAAGCGUUUAUUCUGGAACCUGUGAGCACUAGCUUGAACUUCAAUCUGCGUACUGCUCCAGGGAAAAAUAAAGAAGUGAUUGAGCAAUACGAGCAAUUACAUACUCUAGGCGACGAUGGAGAUCAUGUGUCUCGGGAUGAGAGCGAUGACGAAAAGCCAGAAGAUGCUGACCAGGACAACCCUUAUGAUUUCAGGCAUUUCCUCAAGAAGCCUGAAUCCGAAAAGACGAAGUCGGCUUUGUCAGCGACUACGACACCAGACCCUCAUGGGACUAUUAGCACAUCGAACACACCUGCAAUGCAACCUACAAAGGUAGAGGUCAAAAAGAUGGCACCCAGGCCCAAGCAGCAGACGAAUCCUUUGCGGCAACCCAAACGAGCACCUAAGGCUAAGCCAGCUAGUGCACCAACGGCAAAGGCAAAAGCACAGCCCAAGUCGGCGCCGCGUGUCGAUCCCGAGGAUGAUAUGCUUAUAUCUGAUGCAGAGCAGUCUGAGAAAGAAGAGGAUGACUAUUCGCAUCCAAAAUCUAGCCAGGCUGUGCCUUCACCAAGCUCUAAUAUCAUCGUCGACGGAGAUCUUAUCAUCGACAUGGGCUCUCCACCCACACGGCCUGCAUUCAAGGUCGAUCCCACGCACUUCUCAUCCAGCGAUCACUCCGCCCACGGUACGGAUGCAGAGAAUGAAGACGAUGAAGAAAUCGAAGAUUUCCGUCUACCAUCUCCUGCUAGACAGGAUGCAAGAGCUGCAACAUCUGCCGCUGCAGAUGAACCAGAAGACGAAGACGACAAUGAUGAGGAUGAGGAUGCUCUAGCAGCAGAAAUGGAAGCCGCAUUUGAGGAGGAAGCGUCAAGGACACAGAGCCUACAGCAGACUCAACGAUAUAUGCCGAGCGAUGACGAGAGCGAAGUUAGUGAAGAGGAGUGA